UUCUAUAUAUUCGAUAAACAAACAUUUUCUUUUAUUGAAUAGCAGCUGAUGAGAAGUUAGUAAUUUUAACUAUUUAAAUAAAAUUUUAGCCCAUUGAAUAGGAAAUGCUGUUGAUUUACCGGCUGUCGCCGCUAUUGCGAUUCCCUAAAGUCAGAUUGUAUGGUAAAAAAUAUAUAAAACCAAAUAAGAUGAAUAAAAUGUUGUCAGGAAAUACACCCAGUAAACAAGUGCAUCAGGAAACUAUGCGCUACAUUUAUCCAUUUGCGCGAAUUAAUAUACACUCUGAAAUUUAUUUACAAGUUAAGGCUGCCAACGUGCAUGAGUACCCGGAUGCCAAUGUGCUAAUCGGUGAACUGCAUGGUGGACACGAUCGUAAUUGUCCUGUUAACAUGCAUGUUGAUGUGAGUGAAGAUGAAAGACUCGUAAAUAUUGCAAUAAAUAAAACUGCAAACGCCCUCGAUUUUCAUUGCAAUCUGGAAAUACCAAUUCGUGCGGAUUUGCAUAUUGAGGCUCUUGAUAGCGUUUCAGUACGGAACAUAUUCAGUUCAGAAAUUACUGUUCGAGCGCAAAAAAAUAUAGAAACCAAAGAGUUACGCGCGGAUAAUAUAACUCUAAACAGUGCUGGUGGAAAUAUAUCUUGCAAAGGUAUGCUAUUGGGCAAAGUUACUACGGUGGAGACAAAAGAUUUAGGUAAUAUUUCACUAGAGAAGUUGCAAGGUGAUCAGCUAAGCUGUAAAACAGAUGCUGGUAGCAUCUCUACAAACUCCUGCUAUGUAGAAGAGUCAAAAUUUGUAACCAAUACCGGUUCUUUACAACUAAAAAAUGUUCACAAAAGAACUGAAGUGGAAGUACAAAAAAGUGGUGAACUUAAUAUGACUGGAGUUCACGGUAAUCUUAAGGUGAGAACCAACGGUGGAAAAUUAAAUCUGCAGCUCUCCGAACUGACUGGAGAGAACGUUGUUAAGGCAAACGGAAUUGAACAAGCUAUAAUUAACAUUUCCGAGUGCAUUGAAGAACAGUCCAACAUUGAGGUCACAUCUCGUGCCGUAGUACUGGAUGGUUCACUUUCGCAUUUAAAGGAUUGUGUAAUUAACAAUGAUACACUCUUUCGCAACUCAAAAUCAACAAAUGCAUUAAGUAAUUUGACUGUAAAUAGUAGUGGCGAAGUUAAACUUGGCAAGUUAUCUUGGAUGGAGUCCCUACGCGGGCAACUAGACAAAUCAGGACAAAAAUAGUCAGAAACUAAUUAUGUAGAAAACAGUAACUUUACGAUGAUACUCUAAAAUCUUUGUGAUUAGGUAACUUAUGUUGUUCAUUAAAUACAUAGCACAUAGCACCGGCUUAAUAAAUUCUGAAUAGAAUAAUGUUAUAAA